AUGAUGAGAGCUCUCGCUUCGAAAAAGGCGACGAGCGGUAGCUUGCUACUGCGUGGCAGCACCAGCUCUGCCUGCUCCGCGUGUCGCCGAUCUCAUUUUCUUGCUACCUCCAAGACCACCACUGCCGCUCUUGGUGCGCGAUCGAAUUUGCAAUUGACUGCCCGGAGACCGCUGGCCGUUAUCGAUCGGGUCUUUGCUGGCCGGAGGGAAUAUGCGCAGAGUGCGGAGGAGACUUCGCGGGGAGUGGAUGCCAACGAUUCCUUCCUCCAGGGAAACACCGCAAACUAUAUCGACGAGAUGUACCUAGCCUGGCGUAAAGAUCCUUCCAGCGUCCACAUUUCCUGGCAAACAUACUUCAAAAACAUGGAGAAUGGCGACAUGCCCAUCUCCCAGGCCUUCCAACCUCCCCCAACCAUCGUUCCUACCCCUGUCGGAGGUGUGCCACAGCAUAUGCACGCCGCAGGGCAGGAUUUGACGAACCACUUGAAGGUGCAACUUCUCGUCCGCGCUUACCAGGCUCGUGGUCACCACAAAGCCAAGACCGAUCCCCUCGGUAUCCGUGGCGAGGCAGAGGCUUUUGGUUACAACAAACCCAAGGAAUUGGAGCUUGAUCACUAUGGAUUCACCGAGAGAGAUCUCGACCAGGAGUUUACGCUUGGUCCUGGUAUCCUGCCCCGAUUCGAGACCGAGUCACGUAAGAAGAUGACUCUUCGUGAGAUUAUCGCUGCGUGCGAGAAGAUCUACUGCGGUUCCUACGGUGUCGAGUACAUCCACAUCCCUGACCGCAAGCCCUGCGACUGGAUCCGCGAUCGUUUCGAAAUCCCUCAACCAUACAAGUACUCUGUCGAUGAGAAGCGCCGCAUCUUGGAUCGCCUGAUCUGGAGUUCCAGCUUUGAGUCUUUCUUGGCUACCAAAUUCCCCAACGACAAGCGGUUUGGUUUGGAAGGUUGUGAGACACUGGUGCCCGGUAUGAAGGCUCUUAUUGACCGCAGUGUCGACUACGGAGUCAAGGACAUUGUUAUCGGAAUGCCCCAUCGUGGUCGUUUGAACGUCUUGUCCAAUGUUGUCCGAAAGCCUAACGAGUCUAUCUUCAGUGAGUUCUCUGGUUCUACCGAACCUUCCGAUGAAGGUUCCGGUGAUGUGAAAUACCAUCUUGGUAUGAACUUUGAGCGUCCUACUCCUUCUGGAAAGCGUGUUCAGUUGUCGUUGGUCGCCAACCCGUCUCACUUGGAAGCUGAGGACCCAGUUGUUCUUGGUAAGACUCGUGCUAUCCAGCACUACAACGGAGACGAAACAGAAUUCAACACCGCAAUGGGUGUUCUGCUUCACGGUGACGCAGCCUUUGCUGCCCAGGGUGUUGUCUACGAGACUAUGGGCUUCCACUCUCUCCCUGCUUACUCCACUGGCGGUACUGUUCACAUUGUUGUCAACAACCAGAUCGGUUUCACUACCGAUCCUCGAUUUGCUCGUUCUACUCCUUAUUGCUCUGAUAUCGCCAAGGCUAUUGAUGCUCCAGUCUUCCACGUCAACGGUGACGAUGUCGAAGCUGUCAACUACGUUUGCCAGGUUGCUGCCGAUUGGCGCGCCGAGUUCAAGCGCGACGUUGUCAUUGACAUUGUUUGCUACCGUAAGCAGGGUCACAACGAGACUGAUCAGCCAUCCUUCACCCAGCCUCUGAUGUACAAGCGUAUCGCUGAGAAGAAGAACCAGCUCGAUAUCUAUGUCAACAAGCUCAUUUCCGAGGGUACCUUCACCAAGGAGGACAUUGACGAGCACAAGAAGUGGGUCUGGGGUAUGUUGAACGACAGCUUCGACCGCAGCAAAGACUACCAGCCUACUGGUAAGGAAUGGUUGACUUCUGCAUGGAACGGUUUCAAGAGCCCCAAGGAGUUGGCCACUGAGGUCUUGCCUCAUUUGCCUACUGGGGUUGACAUUGAAACCUUGAGGUCUAUUGGUGACAAGAUCGGCGGAGCUCCUGAGGGUUUCAACGUCCACCGCAACCUCAAGCGUAUUUUGGGCAACCGAAAGAAGGCUGUUGAUGAGGGUCAGAACAUUGACUGGGCUACCGCCGAGGCUCUCGCUUUCGGUACCUUGGUCAAGGAGGGUCACCACGUCCGUGUUUCGGGACAGGAUGUUGAGCGUGGUACUUUCUCGCAGCGUCAUGCUGUUCUCCACGACCAGGAGUCUGAGGCUACUUAUACUCCUUUGCAGCACAUUAGCCAAGACCAAGGUACCUUUGUCAUCUCCAACUCUUCAUUGAGUGAAUUUGGCGUUCUCGGUUUCGAGUACGGAUACUCUUUGACUUCCCCUAAUGCCCUCGUCAUGUGGGAAGCUCAGUUCGGUGACUUUGCCAACAACGCUCAGUGUAUCAUUGAUCAAUUCAUUGCCUCUGGUGAAGUCAAGUGGUUGCAGCGUUCUGGUUUGGUUGUCUCGCUGCCUCACGGUUACGAUGGUCAGGGCCCUGAGCAUUCUUCUGGACGUAUGGAGCGCUGGUUGCAGCUGUCCAACGAGGAGCCUCGUGUCUUCCCUUCGCCUGACAAGCUUGACCGUCAGCACCAGGACUGCAACAUGCAGAUUGUUUGCAUGACUUCCCCUUCCAAUUUGUUCCACAUUCUGCGUCGUCAGAUCAACCGUCAAUUCCGUAAACCCCUCAUCAUCUUCUUCUCGAAAUCCUUGUUGCGUCAUCCUAUUGCUCGUUCCGACAUUGAGGAAUUCACUGGCGAGUCUCACUUCCAGUGGAUCAUCCCCGACUCAGCCCACGGUACCACUAUCGACGAGCCUGAGAAGAUUGAGCGUGUUAUUAUGUGCUCUGGUCAAGUCUACGCUGCUCUCACCAAGCAUCGUGAAGCCAAUGGCAUCCGCAACACCGCCAUCACUCGUGUCGAACAGCUCAACCCCUUCCCUUGGGCUCAGUUGAAGGAGAACUUGGACAGCUACCCCAACGCCAAGGACAUUGUCUGGGCUCAAGAAGAGCCCCUCAACGCCGGUGCCUGGUCUUUCGUCCAGCCCCGUAUCGAGACCUUGCUCAAUGCCACUGAGCACCACAACCGCCGCCACGUCAUGUACGCCGGUCGUGCCCCUAGCGCCUCUGUCGCCACGGGUCUCAAGGCCAGCCACGUCAAGGAAGAGCAAGAUUUGUUAGAGCAUGCUUUUAGCGUGCAUCAGGAGCGUCUUAAGGGGGAGUAA